GACCACCAAAAAAAAGAAUGCAGAUUUCUUCCCUUUUCUUUAGAAUAUUAUCUUUAAUUGGAACUCACUCUAUUCCACUUCUAACCUCCUUUUUAAAGUAUGCAAACUCCAAAUCCAAAAUGAACAGUUCAACAAAAUAUCUCUUUCCAUGUAAAUCAUGCAUCCAAAUACUUAACCUCCAAAUCAAGGAUACACAUAUGUAUAAGACCUCCAAGUGGAGCAACUUUCCUAUCUCUGUGUGUGUGUGUGUGAGAGAGAGAGAGAGAGCAAAUACACAGCCAUUCAUCUCAGUUUAGAGCACAGCCAUGGCGCCUUCUGAAAACUCAGGCAGCAAUGGCAAGACCAGUGUUGUGGUGACGGCCCUAGACGGAGUCAUAAACGUAAAUUCACUCUUCACCAUUGCCAUCUUUGUGGGACUAUCUCUUGCAACUCCGGGCCAAAAAAGCCUCAACAGUAGCGAGCGUUGUCAGCCAGGGAUUCUAACAGUAAAGCAACUAGUAAUCUUCGAGGUGCUUUCGUUCAGUUUCUUUCUCUUCUCAUCACUAGUGGCACAGGCCAUAAAACUCUCCCUCAAUCUCCUCGGUAGCGAAGAGUUAGCUCACGGUUUCAGUGUUGUUGUCAAUGAAAGACUCCUUAAAACAGGGAUGUUGAUGACAGCAAUCUCCUCUGUUAUGGGGUGCUUGUUUCUAAUGGUUUCUAUGUUGCAUGUGAUUGAGAUCAAAACUGGCAGGCUGUUCUGUGGAGCUAAAUCUACUAUUAUAUCAGUUACUUUCCUCAUAAUCCUGGUGGUUUCUGGUCUUCUGGUCUAUAUUUCUGCAGCAUGGUAUGCAUUUACCCAUGCACGCGUCCACCUCCAUGAAUAGAGGACUGGUCGAUAGCUGUUUUGCUUCUGCUUGAUUUGCCAAGCUUUUGGAGUUCUACCAAGUCCUAUUUCAUUUACUAGUAUUUUCUAAUAACAUUGUGUGUCCAGAUUAGUUUGUGUGUAGCUCAAAUAUUCUAUCAGACACUUGUUAACUCCCACAAAAACAGGUACCAGAUAACUAUGGCCAACCGGUACCAGGGCAGUAACUCAACUAGAUAAUAGAGGAGCUUCAUCCCUGUCUUGUUUUUCAGCUUUGGUCCAGUAGGCCAAAUUUACGGCUAAGUCACAGACCCUUUGUAAGGGGAACUGUUAUUUCAUUUUUUUUUUUUUUCUUUUCGUCGUUUGGUUUGAUGGACAGGAAAGUCCACACUGGAAAAUCAUAUGGAAGAUUUUCCCUGUUGUCUAAGAUAUUUAAUAGAGUUAAUUUCAUUGCACUAA